AUGAGUCCAUUUUUAGAUAACGACGGGAUUCUCAGGGUGGGCGGCAGGUUGCAGAGAUCCGCUAUUAAUCAUGACAAAAAACAUCCGAUUUUGCUGCCGGCAAGAUGUCGAUUUGUUGAAUUAUUAUUUGAACGGGAACAUUGUCGUAUGCUACAUGCCGGUCCACAAGCUUUAUUUUCUUCAAUUCGGGAAAGAUUUUGGCCUUUGAACGGCCGCAACACUGCUCGUAGAAUAACAAGGAGAUGCGUAACGUGUUUCAGGGUUAAGCCAAGGUUGUCAGAUCAAAUAAUGGGACCGUUGCCACCUGAUAGGGUUACCGCUUGUCAACGAUUGCGAAUAAGGGCCGAGGACAAAGAAGUCGCAAAUCAUAUAUUGCGUAUGCUUUUCGUAUGCUUUUCGACUAAAGCGGUUCAUUUAGAAGCCGUCAGUGAGUUGACAUCGAGUGCGUUCUUGGCUGCAUUGCGCCGCUUUGUGAGCAGACGAGGUUAUCCGCAAAAAAUUUAUAACGACAAUGCCACUAAUUUCGUCGGCGCAAAAAGAGAGCUUGAGGAAUUGUAUCGGACAAUCAGAACAUUUUCCAAAUCGAUAGAGGAAUAUUGUACAUCUCAAAGCAUAGAAUGGAAAUUUAUUCCCCCCCAUGCGCCUCACAUGGGUGAUAUUUGGGAAGCAGGAAUAAAAUCGUGUAAAUACCAUUUAAAGAGAGUUAUUGGCGAAAUGCGACUCGUUUUCGAGGAAUUUAUGACGGUUUUAGCUCAAAUUGAAGCUUGCUUAAAUUCAAGACCGCUAUGUCAAUUGUCCUCUGAUCCUAACGACUUACAGGCUUUGACGCCCACACAUUUUUUAAUAGGGGGACCGCUCAUUAGUCUGCCAGAUAUCAAUGUAUUAGACGUCCCUAUUAACAGACUUGACAGAUGGCAAUUGACUCAGCGUAUAACUCAACAUUUUUGGAAGCGAUGGAGUGUCGAAUACUUAACGUCAUUGCAAGGCAAAUGCAAAUGGACGAUCGAAAGAGAAAAUCUAGCUGUUAAUGACAUAGUCUUAAUUGUAAGCGACAACAUGUCACCCUUGCAGUGGAAACUUGGCAGAAUAAUCGAACUUCAUUCGGGAGUUGAUAAAAGG